AAAAAGAAAAAAAAAGAAAAGGCAAUCAACUCUUCCGAAUUGAAACUCAGAAAAGCCCAGCAGAAGCAGAGGCCACAGAUACCAGAAGAAAUGAUUUCAAAUUCGCUUUUGUUUCUCCACUUCUUCCUUUCCAUUGCAGUGCACGCCCUCGGGCUUCAAAGGGUUGGUGCAAGUGUCGGACCAGAGAAUCGGAUCGGGCGCAGAGUUCUGCCGAGUUUCAAAGAAACCCCUGGGGGAAGUAACGCUACCUAUGAGUGCUCUCCGUCCGGUCCCUGCGUUCCCUGCCUCUACUCCGAAAAGAAUGAUGAAAAAUAUAGGUGCAGUGAGACUGUUUAUCGUAUUCCAUACAAAUGCGUAGAAAUCAGAGAUAAUUCGAAGGACCCAAAUGUGAAAAAUUCUCAUAAUAGCCGUUUUACUCUUGAAAUCUCUGACAAGAAUAAAAAAUUAAAUGGUGUAUUGCAUGAUGCUGGAGAACUCACUACUCCAAUGAGGGAGAGAAGUGUACUUGAUGAUCCAGCAAUGUUAAAGAGUGGACUGCAAGCUUAUACUACAUAUGAAAGCUGUUUACCGCCGGUUAAUGAAGAGAAGUUGUCAGUGCUUGGGUUUGAGGGGAUUGUGUUGUGUUUGUUGCUCAUCAGCGGCACAGUUGUAUACUUCAGAAGAAAGCGGACCAUUGCCAUGACAGGUUUUGGAGGGAGGAUCCAGACCAACUCUAGGUUUUAAUGCAUCGUAUGGAUCCUUUUGCUUUGUGUUUUCCCCUAUAAUUAGGGCUGUAUAUAAACAAAUCUGAGCACCAUAAAAAGUUGUAAAAUGUAAAGACUAACAGUGUAAUAACAUCUAAAAUGAUUAGGUCAUUUUAAACUUUUAUUCAA